UUGCACCUGGUGGUGGGAGGCAGUCGCCUCCCCAUCCCUUCUGCGGGCGGGAGUAUUAGGCCGGCUGAGACUUGGGCACAGUCCCGGACUGACCCAGUUUAGGGUGCGGCUGCAGACAACGGCCCAACGAUUCCCGAGAAGUCUCCAGGAGCCGCUUAGACGGGCCUUCUUUCACCUCAUAACGUCUGCGAGCCCCCCUCCAGACAGCCACUCAAGAAUACACCAUGAAAAAUACUGAUAUCAAGAGACUACUGUAUACCCAUCUUUUGUGCAUAUUCUCAAUUAUCCUAAGCAUCUUCAUUCCGCCAUUCUUCUUGGAGAACUUCUCAGUAUUGGAAACACACUUGACAUGGUUGUGCAUCUGUUCUGUUUUUGUAACUGCUGUCAAUCUAGUAUUAUAUUUAGUGGUGAAACCAAAUACAUCCACUAAAAGAAGUUCAUCACACAAGGUAACCAGAUUUUUGAAAUGCUGUAUCUACUUUCUUAUGUCUUGUUUCUUCUUUCAUGUGAUUUUUGUUCUGUAUGGAGCACCAUUAAUAGAGUUGGUGUUGGAAACAUUUUUAUUUGCAGUUAUUUUGUCUACUUUUACUACUGUACCUUGUUUGUGUUUGUUAGGACCAAACAUCAAAGCAUGGCUAAGAGUUUUCAGUAGAAAUGGAGUUACAUCCAUUUGGGAGAACAGUCUCCAGAUCACUACAAUUUCUAGUUUUGUAGGAACGUGGCUUGGAGCCUUUCCUAUUCCACUCGAUUGGGAAAGACCAUGGCAGGUAUGGCCCAUCUCCUGCACGCUGGGGGCGACCUUUGGCUACGUGGCUGGCCUUGUUAUUUCACCACUCUGGAUAUACUGGAACAGAAAGCAACUUACAUACAAGACCAAUUAACUGGAACAAAGGAAGAAGUUGGAGGGGGGUUUGUUUGUGUGCAGAUCCCAUGAAGACUGUGCAGAAAUGUGUAUGGUCUAAGCCAGGCAGUUCCAUCUAUAGCACUGUUUUUUAUGUAGUUACAUGAUGUGAUUGUAGCUUUUUAAACUAUGAAACCCCUGAGAGAUUGUACCUUCUAACUGAAAUAAAGUAUUUAUAAUAGAUUGUGA